AUGGGUUGUUGCGUGAGUGCAGCUAAUAAUAUUCAAGAACCUGAUAAUAGGAAUAAAAAGCCUAUAUAAAUUAAUCAUCCUUAAAUAUAAUAAGAAGAUAUUUAAAAUAUUGAAGUUAAUUAAGAGGAUAGGUCUUAAGAAUAAGAUAAAAGAAAAAGAAUGGUCUAAACUAAAAAUGAUAUACCUCCACCUUGUAAAUAUCCUAAACCUAAGAAAAAAGACAAUUUUGACGAGAUGCAAUUUGAAAACAAUUAAUAACCUAUCGAACCUUAAAAACCAAAAUUACCCAGGAAUGAAAAAUUACAGAAAUUAAUAAAUUAUGGAAAGGAGUAUGUUCAAUCAAUUCAUCAUAAUUCUGAAACUGACAUAUAAAUUAUAAAUGAAAUUGAAUAGAAAACUUUUUCGAAUUCACUAACAUUAGAAGAAUUGAAUGUAACAUAUUUUAAUAUUUUUUUAGGAUAUAUCAAAAAGUUAUGAUAAAUAAUUAAUUGAAAUCCUAUUUUUAAAAGGUUGUUUAGGAAUCACUAUGCUUGAACUUAUAUUAAUUCAUAUACAAACUUUCGAAAUUAUUACCCAUCUAUUAUUAGAGCAUUAAUUUUCUAUAAAUGAUGAUCUCUAUUAUGUUGCAAUAAGAAUUAUAAAUAAAAUUAAACCAUUAAGAAAAAAUGAUAACUAAGUUUAAUAAUCUAUUAAUUUUAUUAAAGCAAUCUAAAAUUCCAAUCAAAUUAGUUAAUUAAUAAUUAAUAAAGGGGCAGUUAUACUUUUUAAUAGAUUUUAAAAUUUUGACUCUGAAUUCAAUUUAAGAAAUCAUUUACAUAUUAAAUUAUUAGGUAUAAUAGUGAAAUUACUUAAACAUUUCUCAAUCAAUUCAACUCUUGAAUAAACAUAUUGUAAUGCAAAAAUUGAUUAUAAUUUUACUAAUUUAUCAAUACCAAAAUCUAUACCAAAAGGAGAUAGUAAUUAAGUAAAUUCUAGUAAAAUAGAAUUGAAACAUCUAAAAUUCAAUAUAUUUCAUUAGAUAGCCUUAAAUAAAGAAUGGAAACUAUUUAUAUAAUACUCUAAUAAUUAUUAUUAAGUGCCUGAUAUUUCUGGUAUUACUCCUUUUAUGAUAUUUAUGGAAAAGGCUCCUAUUAACAUAAUAUUAGAAUAUAUAUUGGAAUAUCCUUCUCAACUUAAAUAAGCUAUUAAGUAUUCAACAUAAUAAGGUAAGAAUAUUGUACAUUGUAUUUCUAUGAAUAAAAACAUUAAAGAAGAGAAUGAAUCUUUAAUUAUAAAUAUCUUAUCCCAAUUAUAAUAAUGUGGAUAGUAAGAAUAAUUGUUAGAAUAAUUACUUUAAUAACCAUAUAAUGAUUAAAUUCCUUUAAUUUCUUAUAUGGAUUCACAUAAAGUAGUUUUAAACACAGUUUGUGAGUAUUUAAGUCAAUUUAUUAAAAAAGAAUUUGAUUUUAACAAAUUGCAUAUCUAAGCUAUUGUUAAUUCACAUCAAAUAAAAAAAUAGAGAACUAAAGAUCUUAAAAAAAAUAAAUUAAAUUCUAGUUUAUAAGAGAAGUUCUUUAGUUUUUUAAAAAAAGGUAGAAAUUUAAUAAAAUAAUAUCCAUAGAAAAAAAUAAAUACUUAAUAUGAUUAUGUUUAUUUACACUAUAUUCAAUUAGUGAAAUAAGUAAUAAAAAAAGAUUUAAAAAUAAAAUUUGAUUGGAUUAAUAAUUUUAAUAUUUAUACAAGCUAUUUUCCUUAUGAAAUAGGUACCACAUAAUAGACAUUUAUGAAUAUUUUAUUAAGAAAUGGACAUUAAGAAUAAGUGAAAUAAAAUAUUAUUUAAGUGAUUUAAUUAAUUAAUUAAAAUUGUUAUAUAGAUGUUGAGACUCCUAAUGGAUUUUCCCUAAAAGCAUAAUUGUUAGCAUAAUUGAUAAGUUUAAAAAAAGAAUAAAAAUAGUAUCCAUAUUAGACAGUAUUUGAUAUGAUUGAUUCUAUAGUAAUUGAAUAAAUUAAUCAAAAUCCAAAAUUAUUAAUAACUUAAAUAUUUGGAAAUACAGAUUUUAAAUAAAUAGAACAUUAAACAAUAUAUUCAAUGUUAAUUUAAUUAAAGGAUUAAAAAUUAUUAGAAGGUUGUUUGACUGCAUAAUUAUUAUUUGAUAUAGAUUAAAAUACUAAAUAUGAAGUGUUACUUGCAGCUUUUGAAUUGAAAUAAUUGCAUUCUAAAGAUCAUUUGCUUAAGAAAAUAUUAGAUUCAAUUUAAAUUAGAGCUAAACUUAAAUUAUUUGGACUUAAGAAUAAAAAACACUUUUUUGAGAUUAGAUUAAAUGAUUUAUAAUAACCAAAAGAAGAUGAGAAAAAUUAUACUAUCAAUUUUUAAACAUUAAUUCAUCUUGAUCUAUAAGACUAUUUAUCAAAAAAAAAAAUCAUUUAAUAGAUUAUUUAAUAAGAUAAUAAUAAUAAGGAAGAAGAUUAAAUAUUAUAUUUUAGAGCAUAUUUAUCAUAUAACAAUCUUUUAAUAUUUAAUUAACAAUUAGAAUCCUAUAAAACCUUUAUAGAAAUGACAAAAUAGAAACCAUUUCUAUUUCUUAAUAAAUUUUGGUCUAUGAAAGAUAAAAUCAAUUUUCAUCCAGAAAUAUUAGUUGAAAAAGAUAUUAAAAAAUAUGUUAUUUUUUAUGAUUUAAAAGUAGAACAUUAUGAAUAAGCAUUUGAUUGGUAAAUUUAUGGAAUCACAGCAAAAAUUUUCAAUUCUACAAUUCCUAAUAAUAUUAAUUUAGAUAAAUUAAGUAAUAAACAAAAGGUUAUUAGAAAUUAAAUUAUAGAUAAAAUGUAUUUUGGAGAUGCUUUAGCUCGAUCAAAUAAAUUUAAUUAAGAAUUAUAAGGUUAUAUUUCAAGCUAUUCAUAUGCAAAAACUUAAAUAAAAUUUUAUCUAUAAAAAAUGAUAGAAGAAGAAGCCUUUAACAAUAUUGAAUAUUUAAGUAUUUAAUUUUAAUAUAGUUUAUAUAAUCUAAUAGCUAUAUUAGCCUAACAAUAAUUUUUAUUUGAAAUUGAUGGAAAAAGGUAAACCUAUACAUAGGAUAAUUAGAAUGUGAAAAAAUUUAAUUAAAUGUUAUCAAAAUUAUUAGAAUUAAAGAUUCCUUAAAAUGAAUAGAUUUAAUAAAAGUAUAACUUUUCAAAUAUUUUACCAUUGAUUUCACUUUAAAAUUGGUAAAAGUUAGAUUAAAAUACUAAAUAAUCUAUAUAUAUGACUAUUGAUUAGUAAUCUUUAAUUGUCUUAAUAUAUUAAACUUAAGAUUAAGAAUUAUUGCAAGUAAUAAUCAAAGAUAUUCUAUUAACUAGUCCAAUUCAAUAGGUUGAAUUUAUAAUUUAACAUUGUACUAAAUCAUUACCUAAAAAUUCUAAUAUAAUAAAAUUUAUUCUAGAUAUAGUAAUUAAGAUUGAAAAUAAAGAGGAAUCUACAAUUUAUUUAAUUGAAAAAUUAUUUGUGUCUUUAUUUUCACACUAAGAAAAUUUGGCUCUUAAAUAUUUGAAUUAAAUAUAGAUACAAAAAAAUAAAAUUUAUUAUCUUUAUGGAUAAGUUUUGAGAAAGAAUUAAUCAAAUAAAACAUUGAAUUAAUUAUUAUAUUAUUGUGAAAAUAAUUAAAUAGAUCUUGAUAAUUAAAUAUAUAAAACACCUUUAAAAUGUCCAGAAAAUUUAGAAACUUAUUAUAAGGCUUUAUCUAAACCAUAUUAUAUUGUCUUUACUUUAUCUCAAUAUUAAGAAUUUUAUAAAUAGAUACCUUUGACAAUGGAAUAAAAAAUUAAACAUAUAUAAUCAUUUCUGGAAAAUGGAUUAUAUGAAAAACUAUAAUUUAUACUUAAUUAAGGAGAUUUUAGUUUUGAAACAUAUAGUAAAGCAUAUUUUUAAAUGGUAAAGUACUUUUUAGAGGAGUAAUUAUCAAUCAAAUUUGAUAAUUAAGAAUUUAAUUAAGAUGAAGCAGAGGAAGUAGAUGAAAAUGGAAAUUAAAGUGUUAAUAAAAGAAAUAGAAUUUAAUUUUUUGAUCUUCAACCUAAUGAAUUAAAAUUUAAAAAGUUGAGAAAUAAAAAGACUAAUGUAGAAUUAAAAUAAGAAGCAUAAAAGAUUAUUGAAGAUUUUUGUAGACUCAAUAAUAUAAAUCUUUAUAAAAGAAUGUAUGUUAAAAAAGUACAUAAAAUAUAAUAAUAAUUAAAUUAUACACAAAAUUAAUGUGUUGGAAAUUAAACAUAAGAUAGAUCAGUUUUAUUUAUGAAUUCAGGUGGUUAAAAAACAGAUUAUCUAAAAUGUAUUGAAAUAGUAUAAAAAUAAUUUAAUCCAAAAAAAAUUAAAUCUAAAGAAAUUAUAGCAAAUUAUGAAUAUUAUUCAAACUUAUUAUAUCCCAAAAAUAAAAAAAUUGAAAAAUUUCAAGACAUAAUAAAAACAUUAUUAUAAGUAUUUCAAUAGAAUAGAUUUCCUAAUAGUUUUUUAUCAACAAGAGCACAAGGUUAUAUUGAUUUAUAUAAUGCUAAUGCUAAUUUAAAAUAAGCAGAAAUAGAAUUUGAAUUUCCUUAAAGAUUUACAUAAUUUUAGAAAUAAUUUUUCUUAGAAAUUUUAUUGAGUCUUAAAAAUGAGUCAUAAAAUGAAACUGCUAAUUUGAUUUUAAAUUAAUAGCAUGAAAAUAUGAGAUGUAUAAAAUUCUUGUAAAAAAAUUUAAGUGAAUUAGAAAAUAUAAGAUUCAAUAAUACAACAUUGUUUUAUGUAACUAAAUAAGUAGAGAUAUUAAAAAAUAAUUCAUAUCCUUUAGAAAUCUUUAAUAAUCAUAAUGAUUCUGAAAAUAUUAAAACAACAUUUUAUAAUUUAAAAUACACUUCAGCUGAAUUAACUAAGAAUUAAGUAUUUCUUAGAAAAGGUAGACAUGAUCAUAUAACAAAAUAAUAAUAAUUUUCAUAAAAUCAUUUAGUUGCUGCAAUUAUGAGUAAUAAUUAUAAUUCAAUUAUUUAUGCAUUGAAUCUUCAUGCAGAACCAGCUAAAUGUGGAUAAGCAAAUAACAUAUUUUAAAUUUUAAUAAUCUAACAAUGUGAAAAUAACAUUAUUAAAUAUUUCAAUUCAUUUGUUAAAGGAAAAGUAUAAGCUUAUGAAAAAUUAUUAUCAUUCAAUAACAUACCUAUUCUUUAUUAUGUAUUUUAUAAAAAAAUGGAAAAGGUUUUUAAAGAAUGUUUUCUUGCAUAUUUAACAAAUUUGAUAGGUAAAUAAAAAACUAAUGAUAUAAUUAAAAAUCAAUUAUAAUUAACUUCAAAUUUAACUGAAUAUAAGAUCUAUUAAAUUGCUUUAAUAAAUAAAUGUUAUUUUAUUUUAAAUUAUUUGGAUGGAAUCAUAACUUAAGAUGAUUUAUAACUUAUAACUUCACCAUAUAUUUUGAAAUUUUAGACUCCUCCUUAAAAUUUAGAAGAAAAUUCAAAAGAAUAAUAAUUUUAUAAAAAAUAUUUUGACCAUUUAUAAUUGGCAUAAUAAGAAUUAUAUUGGAUUUAAUUUGAUAAGGUUAAGUAAAAAGGAAAAGAAUAAAAUAAGAAUAAAGAAGAAGGGGAAAAUAAGAAAAAGAAAAAGAAAAAGAAGAAUAAAUAGUUGAAUAAGAAUUCUCUUAUAAAAUAGAAAUCUAAAUUUAAUCAAUCAAAAAGUCUUUACAUUAAAGAUAAAUAAUUAAAUGAAUUAAUUUUAUUUGAAUAAGCUUGUCUUAAUUCAAUAUUUAAAUUAUAAGCUCAUAUUGAUCUUAAAAAUAAAAUGUUAUCUUUAGCAUUAAGUGAUAAUAAAUGGGAAUGUUUGGAAAAACACAAAUAUCCAGAAAAUAUGUUAAUCUAAUUAAUUGUUGAAUAUAAAACAAAAAAUUAUAUCUAAAAUUUAGAUUAAAAUUUACUUCAAAAUAUAUUAAAAAAUUGUCUCCAAUACUAAAUAUCUCAUAAUAAUUUGAUUAUUGAACUUUGUCAAAUAAAUCCUCAAUUACUUCUAAAAGUGAUAUAAACAAUACAAGUUACUUUAGAAAUAGCAGUGAUUUUAUAUGCUAAAUUAAAGGAUACUCCUGAAUUAGACAAUUUUUUAAAUUAUCAUUCGAAAAUGUACACCGAUUAUUUAAGAAUUCCAUAAAAUGGUGCACCUAUGGAACAUGAAGUUAUUGAAUAAGAAGAGGAACAUCCUAUACCAUUAGAAUAUAUGAAGCCAUCUGUUGCAUAUGUAUUAAUGUUAUUAAAAAGCAUAAAAUAAGACAACUAUAAUCCUAAUCUAUUAAAAUAGUAAUGUAUAUCAACUCUAUUAUUUUAAAGAACUUAAGAUUUACUAAAAUAACAAUUAAAUUAAUAAAGUAUAUCAUAACUAAAAUUUUCAAAUAAUACCUUACAAUUUUUGAAAGAUUUCUCAUAAGUCACUUUAAAUAUUGAGAAGGAUAACUUUUUUGAAAGUCUAAAUUCUGAAGAAAAUCUUCUUGAAAUUUCAAUUCUAAAAAGCAUUAUAUAAAUAAAAUAAAUUGAAGCUAUUGUUGAUAAUUUUAAGGCAUAAUGUUAAUGGUAAGGUUAUUUAAAGGAAAAAAAGUAUGAAAAAUAAAGAAAGGAUAAAUUUUAAAUUUAUUUUGGUGAUGGAGAAAUUAAAAUUUUUUAGGAGAGUUUUUAAAUUUAUUUGACAUUUGAAAACAAUUAAUUCUCUUUAAAUUAAAAUAAAAUUGAUAAAAUUUUAGAUAUCCUAAAAUCAUAAGCACACUAAAAAUAAUUAGAUGAAUAACCUGUAUUGAUGGAAGAUAUAUUAUAGUUUAGUAUUGUAAAUAAGAAAAUGAUUAAUUUAAAUAAAUUUGAUUUAAGUAUUUUGAGUUCAUUAGAUUUUGAGAAUUUAUCUUAUCAAAAUUGUAUAGAUUAAAUAUUAGAUUUGACAAAAGCUUAAGUAAAAUGUGGAUAAUAUGAAAUUGAUGAUUUAUUUGCACCUCAUCAACAUGAAUAAAUAAGACAACCUGAAUUGACAUAAUAAAUUUCUGUCUAAUAACCAGUAUUAUAAAGGUAACAAUCUUCAUAAACUGGAUAAUCUUUUGGAGCCUUAAGUUUAUCAAAAUAAGCUUCCACAAGUUAAAGAUAGAAAUUAAGAGAGGAUUUUUAAUUCAUGUUAGAACUUUUACCUGAUAACACAUAUUAAGUGAGAUAGAGACAUAAAAAGUAAAAUCAAAAGGAAAUUAUCUUUUCAGAAUUCUAUUAAUUCUAAUAACCAAAUGUUAAAUUAAAUUUAAUUAAACUAAGUUAAAGUGAAUUCAUUUAAUAAUAUAAUUGUAGAAAAAUAAUAUCAAUUGUAGUUUAAGAUCUUUAUAAAUAUAAUGAAUAUUUAGGUAAUUUGAUUGAAGGAUAAACACAAUAAGAUCAAUGGAUUGUUGAUUUUCCAUUCUAUAUUAUGAAUAAUUCAAUCAAGUUUUCAAAAUGUCUAUUUACAACCUAUAAUAUUCAAUGCAUUUUUAAUAAACUUUUUAAUUUUAUUGAAAAAGUAAGAACUUACUCUUCAAUUGACAAAAAAGAUAAUAAGAAAUUGAUAUGGAGAAUUAAUGCAACUUCAUUUUUAGAAGUCUUUAUAAGUAAAUUAAUUGAUUUGCAGAAUUAAAAAUGUCUAAAUGAUGAAAUAUAUUCAUUAAUAGAUGCAUUAUUGGAAUGGAAUAGUUUGAUAAUGAUUUUCAAUACAUUAAUAUAUCACAAUUUGGAAUAAGCUUAAUAAGUAUUAAAAGUAAUAAGAGGUGUUUAUGUUGAAUUUAAUGAAAUCUCUGAUUUGUCUUAAUAGAAUUGUUAAUUUGUAGAUACAAAUAAUAUUUUUGAUAAAACAUUUUUAUUUGGGAAUACUACAUAUUUACUUUAAAAUUAGAUAUUAAUUAUAAGAUUAAAUGUUAAAAUAGAAUCAAAUAAUUAAUAAAUAAUAUAAGUAAAAAAUAAUCUAAUUUUACCAGAUACUAGAAUUUAAUUGUAUUACAAUAAUAUCCUAAAUAUUUAUGAUUUUUUUAAUUAGAUUUUUAGUUCUGAUUAACUUGUAUAGUUUAUUUUUAAUAAAUUAGAAGUUGAUAGAUGUUUACUUAAUUUUUCUAAUAAAAUAAGUUAAAUCAUAAAUAAAACAGUAACAUUAUCAGUGGAUCAUUCCUAAUUAAUAUAUAUAUUUUCAGGAGAGAUUUUGAGAGCUAUGACUAUAAAAAAUAAUGAAAUUAGAUUAAAAGAAUUUGAGAGUAUUUGGUAUAUCUUAAAUUAACUUUAUAACUAUUUUACAAGAGAUUUAUAUGAUUAUUUGGUAAAUUAAUUCAUUACUGAAAAAUUUAACUCUAUGUUUUAUAUAAGAUUUCAUUGUCUUUUGAAUUCUAUUAAAUAUAAUAAAAAUUUGAAUGAAAUUUUGAAUUCAAAUACUAGAUAAUUAUUUAAAUCUAAAGGAGGUUUUGUAAUAGAGAAAGUUUGUAACUUAAAUAAAUAAAUAACCUAAAAAUUAUAUUUUAGAUUUGGUUUUUAAUUGACUAUUUCAUUUUAUAUUAGUAAUUGUAAAUUAGGUGAUAUUUGUGCAGUAUGUUAUUAUGAUAAUUCUAAAUUAAAUUUAACAUAUGGAUAAUUAGUAUGCAAUACAAAACCAGGAUGUUUAAUAUUUCAUAAUUUAACAGAAAAUGAAGCUAAAAGUUAAUAAGAGAUUGUUAGAUUGUAAUAAGUAUACCUAAGAGGAACAAAUGUAUAAAAUUAAUUGUCAAUUAAUUUAGAGGAUCUUCAUUCAAUUGUAUUAUUUUAAUCUAAUUGGCCUAAUGAUCCCUUAUUUAAUAAUUGUAUUUUGAAUUUAUUUAUAACUGAUUUUGAACAAGAUUUAUUUAUUUGCAAUGAGAAAAAUUUCAUAAAGACUAUGAUUGAGAUAUAAAAUGAAGUAGAUGAAAAUGUUAAAUAGGAUAGAUUAGAUAGUUUAUUUGGAGUAGGUUUAGCAUCAUCUUAUAGUGAUAUUACUGUAACAUAAAUGACACCUACUUUUGUAGAUUAAAUCAACUUUGAUUUUAUUUCAAUAAAUUCUUUAAAAAAAUAAUAAUCAGUUAUAUAACCAAAUACUGUUUUUGUAAGAAUAAAUGAAGAUAAAUUUGUAUUAGAUCCUGUACCAACAUAACCUAUAAAUACAGCAUGCUAUUUUGAAUCAAAUUUAAAGAGUUAUAAAUUAUAAGGGAAACUUAAUAAUUUUUUAAAAUAACAUGAAGAAUUUAGUGAGGUAUAUUUAAUAUUUGAUGAUGAACUUGAUCAUUUUUAAAAUAAAGUAUCUGACUUAAUAAUAGCAUAAAAUUCAGGUAUAUUAAGUUUCAUAAAAGGUUAUGAAUAAUUUAUUUAAAAUUAAAAUCAAAGUUCUAUUAAUAGUUCUUUAUAAAUGUUUUUUACAGUUUAAUCAAUUUCAUAAAUUAAAAUUGACAUUAUUAAAAAUUUGAUUGCUUAAGUUGAGAUUAUUUUUAUUCCUUUAAAACAAGAAUGUGAAAGUUUAAUUAAAAUUAAUAAUCAAAAACUUUAAAUAUACAAUUUAAUAGGAGAAACUUAAAUUAUUUGUCCAGAAAUUGAUGAAGUUACAAAUUUCUUUUAUAAUCUCAUUAUAAACUUUAAAGAUCAUUAUUUAGAGCCAUAAAUAUUAAAUGAUAAUCAAAUAUAAAUUACUUAUAAUAAAUUACCUGAUAUAGAAUAUAGAAAAAUAUUUGUAGAUAUUAUUUUGAUUGUUUAAUAUUUGCAUAAACUUUUAUGUAUUAUGGAUAAAGAAAAUCAAAUCAAAGUGAUUAGUAUAUAUCAUUCUGAUGAAAUAAUUACUCAUAAUAAAUAAUCAUUUUACUAAUUUGUAGAUGAUAUGAUAAUAAUUAAUUAUUGUAAAUACUUUGAUUUUAGUUUUACAAAUUUCAUAUUAGAUUAUUUUAACAGAAAAUAAAUCAAUUAAACAUACAAAUUAGAAUAAAAUGUCACUUAUUCUGGUCAAUAAAUACUCUAAAAACCAUUAAAAUUAAUACCUAAAGAAAUAUUUUCUGGUUUAAAUUAAUGUGAUUAAAUAGAAUUGUUAUCAAUAAUAGAUAUGAAUAUAGUAAUAAAAAAUUAAGAAUAAGCAGAUCCAUUAGAAUUUAAAGAAUUGAUAUUAAUACCAAUAAUAAAUGGUAUUUAUAUAAAAUUAUUCUAUUUAAAAAGUUUUCAACAUCCAUUGCUUACUAAAUAUAAUAAUCAAAAAUAGAUCUAAUUUUAAGUAGGAGAGGAAAUACAAUUUCUAUUACAUCCUGUUCAUCCUUAACUUGCCUUAGAUUAAUAAAUAUAAAAAGUGAAGAUCAUUGUUAGUUAAGGAAAAUUAGAACAAAAAAAAUAUACACUUAGUUAAUUACUAUGUAAGAAUUCAGAAUAAGAAAGUUUAAUGGCAACAGGAUUAUUUUUAAGUAAUAAUUUCAUGCUUGUAACAAUGAGAAGUGAGUCUCGAUUAAAAAUUACUAUUUAAUCUAGUUCAUCAAUAACUUUAUCUUAAAAAAAUUAUUAAUUUUCAAAAUAAUUAAAAUUUGAGUAUUAGAUUCAAAGUGUCUAAGAUUUAGAAAAGACAAUUCAUGUUUUAGUUUCACAUGGUUCAAAAAUUAUAUAAGUAGAACAUGAAAAAGAUGAUCAUGCAACAUAUGGUAAAGGUAAUAAAUAGAUGAUGAAAAUUCUUUAGAGAGAAGUAAAGAAAAAUAAUAAAGAAAACAAUAUCUAUUAGUAAAUGGAAUCUACAACUCAUUCUAAAGAAUUAUAGAGUGGAAAUACAAUAAAUAUUAUUAGUAAUUAAGAUAUAGCUGUAGCUACAAGAGCAGGAAUAUAGAGAAAGGAUUAUAUUGAAUUUAGAGAUUCAAAUUGUAAUGUUGUUGAAUAAUUUACUUUUGAGAAAGUUACUUUUGUUCAUUCUAUAUUUUAUUAAAUUUAAUAUGUGCCAGAUACUGAAAGAGUAGAGGAAGGAUUGAGUAUAAUUUGGACUCCAACUUUCAAAGGAAUAUAUCAUUUAUUUAUAGACAAUGUUAAAAUUGAUGGUCGAUUUAUUGUAUUAGCUAAUUUACCAGAUUUAGAAAAAUCAACUAUAGAAAUAUAAGAUAAUUUAGAAGUAAUACCUUUUUCUGAAAAAAUAUAAAUAUCCUUUUAUUUGAAAGAUAAGUUUGAUAAUUGCUAUAGUGAAAUUGAAAAUCAAAUAUUCUCUGAAUCUAAUUGCAAUAUCAAAUAAGUAUCAGGUGAUAAAUCAAAAUUAAAUUUGACUUUCAAUAAUUUAACAAAAUUUGGUUGUUUGAAUGCUCAUAUUAUAUUUGAUCCUAUUGAAAUUUUAGUUUUAGAAGAUACAACUGCAAUUGAAUUUUUUAUAAAUAAUUAAUUAAAGAAAAGUAAUAUAUCAUUAUUAUAUUUAGGUUAAAUAUGGAAACUUUCUGGUUUAGGAUUAGAAAAAAGAAGAUAAAGAUUCCAUCAAGAUAUUAGUUAAGUAUGGAAACCAACAAGUUUUAAUUUGAAUAUCAGUAGAGUUAAUUUCUUGGAAGAUUUAUUGGAAUUAGCUGAAAAAAAACUCAAUUAUCAAUUUAGCAUUAAAUUUACUAAUGAACCAGGUAUUGAUGCAGGUGGAUUAAAGAGAGAAUUUUAUGAUAUGAUUGGUAAUACACUCAAAGAUGAAAAUUAUAAAUUUUUCUCUCCAGUUUCUUCUAAUCAAAGCAAAUACUUUUUGCAUCCAAAAUUCAAUAAACAAAAGAAUAAAGAACGAUAUGCACUAUUAUUUGGAAAAGUAAUUAUUUCUUAUAAAAUAAGUUAAUUGCUAAUGCCAUAUGUAAUUCUUAUCUUAUAGGAAUUGAUAUCAUAGCACCUUUCUGGAAGGUAGUAUUUGAUGAAAAAAUUGUUUUUACAGAUCUAAGUCUAAUCUGGGAUAAGGAUACUUAUAAUAAUUAUGAGAAAUUAAAAACACUUAGUGAAGAAGAUCUAGAAUCUGUUUGUCUUGUAUUCACAUAUUCAACAGGAAAUACUGAAGCAGAAUUGAUUAUCAAAGGAUCACAAACUAAUGUAACUAAGAAAAAUUUAGAAUUGUAUCUUAAUAAAACUGCAGAAUAUGUUAUUUAUAAACAGUUUGACAAAAUAUAUAAAGCUUUUAUAGAAGGAUUUUCAUCAGUAUUAGACAUAUCAGUAUCAUAUUAUAAAUAAAAUUAAGGUAUGUUAAAAAUGGUUAAUGCCUGGAGAGAUGUCACUAUUGACUUAAGGAUUGUUAGAGAUUAAGUCAGAAAUUCUUCUACAGAAAUUCAACUUUACUGGAGGAAAACCAUAACAUAAAUCAUACUUUGAGACUUAUGUUAGUCAAGCAUCUCCUGAGACAUUAAAGAAUAUGUUAAAAUUCAUAACAGGUAUUUAAAAUAAUAAUUUAAUAGGUUCAUCCUCUAUUCCAUUUGAUCAAAGUUCUUAUUUGAUUAAUGUCAGAUUUGAAUCAGGCCUCUCAGAUAGAAAGUUGCCAUUAAGUCAUACAUGUUUCAAGUCCAUAGAAGUGCCUCUUUACAAAAGUUUUGCUGAACUCAAAUAGAAAUUAGAUAUAGCAUUUACUAUUGGAUUCGAAGGAUAUGGAUUUGGUUGA